GCUGUUGUUGUUGUUGCUGUUGUGGGGCUGUUGUUGUUGUUGUUGCUGCGGAGCAGGAGGUGGGGAGCUGUCCCCAGGAGAGAAGCCGGUGAUACCCAAAGACCCGCCAUCUCCCAUCACCCCCUCCCCUCCUCUCCUCUCCUCUCCUGGUCCCCCGGACCAUGUUCCACUGUAUCCCGCUCUGGCGCUGUAACCGGCACGUGGAGACGGUGGACAAGAGGCACUGCUCGCUGGUGGCGGUGCCCGAUGACAUCUACCGCUACAGCCGCAGCCUCGAGGAGCUGCUACUGGACGCCAACCAGCUGCGGGAGCUUCCCAAGCCGUUUUUCCAGCUUGUGAAGUUACGAAAACUCGGGCUGAGUGACAAUGAAAUCCAGCGACUGCCACCGGAAAUCGCCAACUUCAUGCAGCUCGUGGAGUUGGACCUGUCUCGAAAUGAUAUAAUGGAAAUUCCGGAAAGCAUCUCAUUCUGCAAAUUGUUGCAAGUAGCAGAUUUUAGUGGCAAUCCCAUAACCAGGUUGCCCGAAAGCUUUCCCGAGCUGCAAAACUUGACGUGUCUCUCCCUCAAUGACAUCUCGCUGCAAAUGCUUCCUGAAAACAUUGGCAAUCUUAUAAACGUGGUAUCACUUGAGCUGAGAGAGAACCUGCUGACCUAUCUACCAGAAUCACUCGCCCUUCUCUGCAAAUUAGAGGAACUGGAUCUAGGAAACAAUGAACUGUACAAUUUGCCAGAAUCUAUUGGAGCACUUAUAAGUCUGAAGGACCUGUGGCUGGAUGGGAAUCAGUUGUUAGAACUACCUAAGGAGAUUGGGAAUCUGAAGAACCUGCUGUGUUUAGAUGUGUCAGAAAAUAAACUGGAGAAGCUUCCGGAAGAGAUCAGUGGACUUAGUUCGCUAUCUGAUCUGCUGGUCUCACAAAACCUAGUGGAUGUUCUGCCAGUUGGCGUAGGAAAACUGAAGCAGCUUUCAAUCCUGAAGAUGGACCAGAAUCGUCUUGUUCAGCUGACUGAAGCUAUCGGGGAGUGUGGGAACCUCACAGAACUUGUACUUACAGAAAACCAAUUGGUGAGUUUGCCCAGGAGUAUUGGGAAACUGCGGAAGCUGACGAACUUUAACGUGGACAGAAAUCGUCUGACCUCACUUCCCAAAGAGAUUGGCGGCUGCUGUAGCCUUAAUGUCUUCAGUUUGAGGGAUAACCGAUUGACCAGGAUCCCAUCUGAGAUUUCACAAGCAACUGAACUACAUGUUGUUGACCUAGCUGGAAACAGGUUGAUACAUUUGCCGUUGUCACUGACAAGCUUGAAGCUGAAGGCCCUUUGGCUAUCUGAAAACCAGUCCCAACCUCUUCUGACUUUCCAGACUGACAUAGAUAUAGAAAAUAGAGAAAAGGUCCUGACUUGUGUCUUGCUUCCUCAACUGCCUUCUGAACAGAACAGCCACGAUAACCUGCCACGCUGCGGAGCCCUGGAAAGCCUAGUCAAUGACAUGUCUGAUGAAAUGUGGAACGAACACGCCGUGAACAGGGUCAGUGCAAUACGUUUCUUGGACGACAAAGACGACGAGGAUGAAGACGAAGAAAAGGGUACACUGCUGAGGAGGGCAACUCCACAUCCAGGGGAACUGAAGACCAUGAAAAAGACGGUGGAGAACUUAAGGAAUGACAUGAACGCUGCUAAAGGACUGGACUCCAACAAAAACGAGGUCAAUAAUGCCAUUGAAAGAGUGACCACUUCCGUAUAGAGUUUUGCUUCAAACUCUCACCUCAUGUGUCUUCCUGACUGUGUGAACGUUAAUCCAUCCCUGGCAGUGUUCCAGUCCAUUCUUUUUUUUCAAACAAACACACCAACCCCACAUGAUUUUUCUGUCUUCAUGUCAGCAAGGUUUGUAGUGCUGCAACCUGGAAAACAGUGCCUUGCGUUCGUUCCAUCCAGUGAUUGCACCAAAUCUGCGCAAAACUUAUUCUGCACGUUUCAUCAUGCAAUUAAAAAAAUCUAUACAUUGUUUUAUAUAUAUAUAUAUGUUCUCUAUAUAUAUAUGUAGUUGCACUACUGUAUAGAAUUAGAAAUUCUUGCAUAUAAUUUUUUUUACAUCAGGUGAAUGCUUUUUUU